AUGGGAUUCACUGCUUUGGUGAUGCUAAUAUUCAUACUAGACAUAUCACUCAGUAAAGCUGAUGUAUUCUCACUUCUGCCGGAAACGCAAAAAGUUCCUAUGUCGUCAACGGCGGAUAUCACAUUUCCUUGCAGAGCUGGAAAAGAACUGACGAAUCCUCAAUACACCUGGAAAAAGAAUGGUGUUGAAAUAGCAAUUGAAGGACGACUCAAGUUGAUUGAUGGCACACUUGUGAUUACGGAACCACAGGCAGAGGAUAUGGGCAAAUACAUGUGUAUCAUACAGAGUGACCAGGGGACUGUUGCCAGUAAUUAUGCCGAACUGAUAUUUCAAUACUUAGAAGGAAUGUCGUUUUCAAACCAGAUUACAAUAAAUACAAAUCAAGCCAUUGGAGCUGAGUUGGAGUGCGGAGAUUUCGACUACGCACCAGGGUAUAGCAUCUACUUCUUCUGGCAGAAGGAAGAUAUAUCUCAAACAAUCGGCCCCAAUGGCGAACCCACAAAAUUUAUUUCCCAAAAAACUGGCAACCUAUAUUUGUCCAACCCAACAGAGGAGGACUCAGGGAAAUGGGUUUGUUUUGCAAAAUCUCUGUGGAAGACUGAUGAUGGACAUUCGGUGGUUAAAUCAGCAAACGAAGUGUCUUUAACUGUCGUAAAUUCAGAUGCUGAAUUUCCUCCUGAAUUCAUGGUGACACCUGAUUCUGUGACAGCAGUUGAAUUCCACGGAAAGACUUAUCUCGAAUGCUUUGCCAAGGGAAACCCUGCACCUGAAAUACAGUGGGAGAAAUUGGACGGAGAAAUGCCGGAAUCAGCUAAAAUAUCAAAUUCAGGGCAGUUAUAUUUUGAUGAAGUGCCCGACGACGCAAAUGGAACGUACAUAUGCACUGCGACCAACAGCGUUGGAUCCGUGACUUCUAACGAAGCCAGAAUUGAUGUAGACUAUCCUCCAGAAUGGAUACAAAAAAUAGAAUCGAUAUCAGCUGAUCUAGAAAGCAGUUUGUCCAUGACAUGUUCUGCAACUGGUCUUCCUAAACCUGCGUACACUUGGUAUAAAAAUCUGGAGGAAAUAGAUUCCAGUCAAUUGAAGGUCAUGGAAGACUCCACCAUACUAAUUAUAAAAAAACUGGAUGAGAGCCAUGCAGGGGUUUAUCAAUGUUUGGUGGAGAAUAGUUUCGGAAAUCUUGUCUCGAGCUCAGUGCUGCAUGUUAACUCUUACCUCCCAGUUAUUGACCCCCCAAUGCAAGCCUUGAUAUACGCUGCUAUAGGAGGUCCAGUAACCAUCGAGUGUCCGCACACCGCUGCUCCAGCCGCUGAGGUAGAAUGGUUGAGGGACGACUUCGACGAACUCUCAAAUAAUGGAACAAAGUACAUAUUCGGGGAAUUCCAUUCACUAGUUAUAAACGACGUUGGCAUUCAGGACGAAGCGUCUUAUACUUGCAAACUCACAAAUACUCUUGGAUCUGAUGAAGGAUCAACAACAUUGGUUGCGAAACAGGCAACACAGAUCACAACCUUCCCAUCAGACGUUUCAGUGCAGAAUGGAUUACCUGCUGAAUUAUAUUGCUCUGCGACCUUUGACCCCUCUUUGACCUUGAGCUGGAGAUGGUAUCACGAUGAAAAUGAAAUUAACGACCCAUUCGGACAAGUUUAUCAAAUUAAUGGAGGGGGAUUAACAAUUCCAUCAACCAGCAGUAAGGUUAGUGGAAAUUACAAAUGCUGCGCUGAGACUAAAGUUGGGACACCAUGCGGAUCGGCCAAAAUUUCUGUUACAGCUCCUCCGGACGCACCGACAGAAAUCAGAGUCUUAGGUAGCACUUCAACAACACAGAAAUUGACCUGGUCCGUACCAUUUGACAACCAUGCUGAGAUUACCAGUUAUACCAUUGCGUACAAGAACUCAUAUAACUCAAUAUGGAGAAUUGCAGAUACUGACCCAGAAGUCGUUGUCACCAAUGAAUGUGUGGUGAAGAAUCUCUUCCCUUACAAUGACUAUGUCUACCAGAUCUCUGCAACCAAUGCCUUAGGAAGAGGAGAACUGAGUGAGGACUCAACAACUUUUAACACUCAGAAAGGAGCCCCAGCUAAACCACCCAGGAGGAUCGGGGGCGGAGGAGGAAACAUUGGACAACUUGUUGUCAAAUGGAAGCCGCUCUCAGAGGAGUUUUAUGGUUCAGACAACAUUGAAUAUGUCAUAGCUAUCGAGAAGUUUCCAGAAGGGGAGGGUGUUGUUUUAAUGCUACCGCCAUCUAGUGGCAAUGAUACAGAGGAGAAUGAAGAUGUUUGGCAAUAUACAACUGUACCUGGCGGAAAGACAGAGAAUUAUACUUUCCAAGUGGAGGAGUCUGAAGUCUACAAGCCUUACAAUGUUAAAAUCCGAGCUGAUAAUGAACUAGGAGAAGGACCAUGGAGCCCCAUUAAGGUUGUCACAACUUUCGAAAUAAGUCCUGAUCUUGCACCCGGAGGUAUCUCUCUGAAAUCCUGGACGGCAUACACGGCCAAUUUGAUGUGGCCAAGAAUGAUUGCAACCACUGGAAGAGUGCAGGGAUAUAAGGUAAAAAUUGUCCCGGUUGCACCAGCAGUUGGCGAAGAGCAAAUCCUAGAAACCAAAAAAGGAGUUCCGAGGGUCCGUGUUGAAAACUUGGAAGCAAACACAGUAUACCAUGCUUAUGUAGCUGCCUUCAAUGGGGCAGGUCAAGGACCAUGGAGCGAGGCUUUCCGCUUCAACACUGAGAAGAAACCGCCGAGUGUUGCACCAAAGAAAGUUGAAGUUUCGAUAAAACAAAAUAUUCUUUCUGCUAAAUGGGAGCCAAUUCUUUACGGAGAUGGGCAAGGGAUCGAUGAAUCUCCUUUGCUGGGUUACAAGGUUGAGUAUUGGUGGUCUAACAAAACCUCAGCAACAGCACUAAACCAUGUAACAACAGAAAACAAGAUAAGUUUUUCCGUCGCGAACAAUUCAUUGUUCAACGUCAGAGUGAGGGGAUACAGUGCUGGGGGCAAUGGUGUUCCUUCUGAGCUUUUCUUUGUUUCGACAGCAGGAACUGCAAGUCCCGGUUACAUCUAUUGUUGUGGUGCCAACACCAUCAAUUUUAGCAAUGUCAUGAUCAUCGCCACUUCACUGCUGUGGAUGAUUUUUGCAAAAUUAGACUUUUAAGAAUAUUUAUAGUAAAUUGUGGGGGAAUUUGUGAAAGUGAAUUUCAAUUAUUUUUUCUUAAAUUUCGAAAAAUGCUGAUUCAUCAAAUAUAAAACUGGAAAAGGUUUAGUCAUCAAAAAUAACUCCGAAACUGUGCAGUCAUAAUUCAAUGCAAUAUAAAAUAUUGAAGCAGCAAAAUAUCUUAGAUUUUCGAAAAUUUUAGAAUUUUUAUGUAGGACAGAUAUUGCUUUAUUGCAUACUAAUUAGUUAAUUAAAUGUUUUUGGGUUCAAUAUUUCACCAGAAAUGGUAAAUGACUCCCAAAUCCAGAGGUCCUCAAACUUUUGGUGGCACAGAGCCUGUGGAGAGGUUGACUAUUAUUCUUGACAUACCACAAUAAAUUUACGAGAAAAAAAAAACAUUGUUACCUUCUGAUUAAUGUUGCCGAGUAAAAUAAAAUUACUUUAUUUGAUGACUCAGAUAUAUUUGCUGCUUUGUAUUUAAAAAAUUUUCAGUAUUUUAAAUAAUUAGUAAACGAUUAGCUCGAGGAGCCCCUAGGUUUCUCUCGAAUGGGGCACUUUGAGUAUCUGUGCCCUACUCCAUACUUUAUGCAGCAAGCUUAAAAACCAUAUGCCAGUUACAGGAAUAACGAUAAACAUUGAAACUUGGUGAUUAAAACAGAUUAUCAAUAAUUUAAAUUUACAUUUCUGUGUUUCUUCAAGAUUUCAAAAAAAUUGCAACGACAGUCACCCGAAUUCUUCAAUUUCCUAUGCCGCUAUAGCUAAAGGACCUUAAGUUGACCCUGAUAUUAGUCAGUGAGAAAGCUUCAUAUCGCUAACUAUCUUACUGGCUUUUCUCUCAAUUUGAAUCAUUAGACUUGAACCCCUAUAUGGUUAAAACCUCUUAUCACCAGUGCUGGGUAAAAGUGGAGCCCCGGUUCAAGUGGAAGUGUAGUCAGAGGUUGGUCUCGAGGGUCGGGCCCCCUCAGUUUGAAAUGUAAAAGAGCAUUAUUCUGUUCCAAGAUAGCAAUUGUUCAUAACUUGAAACCUUUUUUGGUCCCACGUUAUCCCGCUACAUGUUACGGUGUAACUUGUCAAUUAAAAAAUUCCGAUUCCACCCUUUGAAAAUCCCUGGCUCAGGAAUUUUUAGUGAUUAUUUCAUUCCGAUGGCUUGAAUCACUUCGAGUCUUCGUUAAAUGGUUUUUAUG